CUGCUCUCCCCGCCGCUCCCAUGCUGCCUUGCGGCGGCCCCGCCGGUCUCCGAUCCGCGGCCGCCAUGAGCGCGGCGCUGGCGGUCGCCUGGCAACGGCUGCGCGGAGCGGCCUGGGGGAGCUGUGCCGCCAGCCUGUGCCGCGGCUUGCACACCGGCCCGCCUCGGCUGCAGGACCCGGCGGGAGCGGCGGCGAAGGAGGCGGAGAGCCACGGAGUGCCCGAUCAGAGCCCUUUGAUCCUGCAGAGGAACUCCAUGAGAUGGAAUGGAAAGACCUAUGAAGAGAUCCCAAUAGCUCACAUCAAAGCUACCUACAACAAUACCCACAUCCAGGUGGUCAGCUUUGACAACAGGCCCUUUGCCCGCACCUCCUGCGGCACAGAAGGCUUCCAGAACGCCAAGAAGGCCACUGCCAUCGCGGCACAGACCGCAGCCAUCGCGGCAGCAACCAAAGCACGAGGGAAGGGUGUGCUGCACGUACGAGUCAUGGUGAAGGGACUGGGACCGGGACGCAAGGCUGCCAUCAAGGGCUUGACCAUGGGAGGCCUGGAGGUCAUCUCCAUCACCGACAACACUCCAGUGCCACACAAUGGCUGCCGCCCGCGGAAGGCCAGGCGGAUGUGAGCGGGGACUGCGAGUGACACACAGCUUCCAACAGCAGCUCAGGACACAGGGACUGGGCUGAACCUUGCUCCUGGAGGGACUCUGCAAAGCCACCCUCCCUGGAAACCCCUGGUGAGGGAAGCUUGACGAGACAGAUCACCCUGGGCCGUGAAGCCCAGGUGGCAGAAGCAGGACUCUCUGUCCUGCCCUAGUGGGAAGCCUCUCCUGUUCAAAGUGUGAUGAUUAAAAUGUUGGUCUUUUGAGAGCCA